AUGGAGUCCUCUCCCGAAAUGCAAGCGCUUAUCCGCCUCACCCCAGAAGAGCGAACCUUGAUGCGCACGCCCGGAAAACGUCUCAAUAUAGCAAGAAAAAGGCCAGAAGAAACUCCUAAGCCUCUUGACGACUUCUUCACGCAGGGGUAUCCCCAGUUUAACUUCGUCGCCAGCGCCUCGCCCGAAUCUCAGUGGAAACGACUUGCCCUGUUCGAGCACUGGUCGCCCGGCAGCCACGAUUAUGCCUCCGCCCGCGCACGAUUCGAGGCCGCCUACGAUGACCAGUUCAACACGGCAAUAGAUGGCUUUUUCAACCAUUUUGUUGAUUUUGAUUACAACCCGCGUGCCGAGGCCAAAGCAGAAUUCGAACGGCUACGUCAGAGGAAGGGGUGGUUUGACGAUGGGCAGAAGAACUUAGACUGCUGGUACAAAUGGGCGGAAUAUAGGAGGGCUCGCGUUGAGUUUUUUGACGCAUUCCGGGACGACUUUUCGUGCUUCUUUGGAAGUGGCGAUGAUGUACGGGAUUGGGUGUUCUUGUGCGACGUCUUGCGUGUUAAGCCCACGCCGAGGACUAUCGAGCACUGUAAAACUGCGUUGGGAAGCUACUAUGUGAACAUAUACGAUCUCUACGAGCAUGUGCGCUCUAAAGAGCCUCUACUAUAUCAUAAUACGGUCGCUGAGCUGAGCGUAUACUCUCGGGAUGAUAACAAGCUCUAUCCUCUAGAAUCGGCCAAGACAACGUGUAUGAAGUUUUUACUCCGGAAGUUUGUGGGUGUACAGGGAAUGAGAUGGGACGACUGGGGUAGAAAGCUGGUUACUGAGGAAGAAUAUAAUCGGAGUAAAGUGAUCAUGCGUAAUCUAGGAGAAAUAGCUCGUAGGCGGGCUGGUAGCCAAAUUCGCGGGCUCAUGCGGAGUUGA